AUGGACUCAACACUUGAAACUCACUUAUGGGACGGACAGGCAAGUUCUUUGAAAUUGUUUUAUGUUUUUAGUUAUUUCAAUGAUCUUUAAACUAUAUGUUGUAUACAUCAAAAGCUUCAGUAAAAUGUAUAGCAUCUUUUAAAUUACAAUUUUAUUGUUUUAGUUUACAGUCCAACAAGAUGAAGAGCAAUAUGCGAAGAUGUCUCAAAUAUUGGACUUGCUAGUGUCCGCCGGCUAUUUUCGGGCCAAAAUCGAUGGUCUAAGUGUGUUUGAUAAGGUUAGUAAGUUGUAUUUUACAUGCUCCAAUGUUUUUAAAUUUAGAUUGUUGGUGGAAUGGUCUGGUGCAUUCAGUUAUGUGCCGAAGUUGUUGAUGUUGACCUACUUUACUCGGAAAACUCGUCGAUUGGACAAAAAAUGUAUGAUGAUUUUAGGGAUUCGAUAUGAAAAAGUUAAAAUAGAUUAAUAUUGACAUUUUGGGAUAAAUAGAAUGGUCAAAAAUUGACGUUUAAUAUAGUUAUGAGGGUUUAUAUUAGGUAUAGGUCACGGGUAAUAUUCUUUGUUUCAGAGCUCUAACUCAAAAUAUUGUGAAAGUGUUGCCUAAUUUCAAAUGCCCACAUGCCAUAGAGCCUCAUCAGAUUCAAGGACUUGAUUGUAUCAACAUUUAUCCAGUUGUUCAGGUAAUUUAUCUUAUUAUUUUAUCUAACUUUAUAUAAUAAAGCAAAAAGCAUUUACUAUUUUAAUAUUUCAUUUCAGUGGUUAGUAAAAGAAGCCAUAGAAGCUAAAAAGAAACACGGAGACGAGAUUUUACGAUAUGCAAACUCACAAUUUAAGAACACAGGUUGGGAAGUUGAGGAUGAUUUGGAAAAGCCAUUUAGUUCAAAUGAAGCUGAGAGGCCUAAACCCUAUAGGAAGAUGGAGCGGACGACAAAAACGGAAUUUAAGGACAUUAAGGAUGAUGUUAGAAGCACUUUACUUGAGUUUGGAUUGUAAGUUUUACUUUUAUAGGCGAGUUAUGAUCAAUUAUAUUAUUUUAGAGACGUAUCAGAUGUAGUGAAGAAAGAAACUCAAUUUGAUGAUGAUCUUGGCCGAGAAAAACGAAAAGAACUUGAAGAAUCAUUCCUUCGUGACCUCAAGAUAGCAGAACAACUUAAAAACGAUCUAGUUGAGGCGGAUCCAGUCCAGCAGAAGCGAGUUUCGGCCAGGAAGGUCAAUUCUAUAAUCGAUUCCACUGCUUUGGAAAAGGUCGCUAAAGAUUCUGAAGGCUUAAGACUGGGACGAAUUGAGGAAUCUGAACAAAGUUUAGAGGAAAUGGAAGUUAGGUUAAAAGAGGAGUUGGAUAAUAUACAACGAGAAAACAAGGAAAUAGAAGAGGAAGUAGAGAAAAAUAGGGAAAAUUUGAAUAAAAUUGAGGAAAAAGAAAGAGAAUAUGAUGAAUUGGUCAAGAAUACUGAUCCUGGUGAGUUUGGUGAUGUUGAGGAUGUUAACUUUUGUAUAUUUUGUGGAAUUUUAAAUUUUUGGAAAAAAAUUUUGAAAAUUUAAUACCUAAAUUUGAUUUUUUCGAUUUUUUGAUAUUUAAAAUUUUUUUAAUUUUUUGGUAUUUGAAUUUUGAUUCUUUACAAGUUUUUAGGCAAAAAAAUUAUGUUUUGUUACCUAAAAACCAAAUUUUCAUGUUUUUUGGAGCUUUUGAUACCUAAAAAUAAUUUUUUAAAAUUUUUUCAAACUUUUUGUUACCUAAAAUCUUAUUUUUCAGACCUUUACAAACAAAUAACGGACCUUUUGGACCAAUGCCAAGAAAUGCGAAACCACGAAUCUGAAUUCAAACGUGAAUGUCGACGUCAAAUCGAGCAAGUCGAAGCGGAAAUCGACCGUCUAAAACAAAUAGAAGGUCCAGAUGCAUCAGAAGUUGAACAUCUUACUCAAGAAUUUCAAAAACUCGAAGCAGAACUAGCUGAAAUCAACGAAAAAGUGUUCUAUAUGUCGAAGAAGAUUGAUCAGAAGCCGAGUCAGAUCGAACUAAACCAAUAUCAAAGAAGGUUUAUUGAGUUGUACAACUUGGUAACAGCGAAACAUCUGGAAGCGAGGAGGUUGUACAUGUUGAAUAACCAUCUUGUCGAUGCUUGCAAGUUUAUAAAGAGAGAAAUUGAUCUGCUGAUGAAUAUUGAUGAACAGAAGGAGCUGUAAGUUGUGGUUUUGGCUGGGGAAAUUAAAUUUUAAAAUUUUAGGUAAUAAAGGGGGUUUUUGGCUAAGAAAAUGAAAUUUUUAGGCAAUAAAAGGUCGAAUAUAGCUCAUAAUUUUAUAAUAACACAAAUAUAAUACCUUUUAUUACCUAAAAAUAUAGCUUUUAGUCUAAUAUCAGGGACUUAAAAAGUUUUGUCGUUUUUUGCCUUGCGUAACAUAGCGAAUAGACGACAAGACUUUGUUAAUGUACUAAUUAUGAGACAAGACUCAUAUUUUUAGGUAAUAAAAGGUUGACUAGACUUUAAACUUACCAAUGACAUUGAUUUUAAGAUUAAAAAAGUCUUGUCGUCAUUUCUCUAUGAUUUACACGGAAAAAAACGACAAGACUUUUAUAAUGCUUUAAUGAUAAGGCAAAACUUACAAUUUUGGGUAAUAAAAAGUUGCCUAGUCUUUAAAAUUGCCAAUAUCAUUAAAAGGCUUAAAAAAGUCUUGUCGUUAUUUUCCUAUGAUUUACACGACAAAAAACGACAAGACUUUUUGUCACUCUAAUUAUGAGGUAUAACUGAAAAAAAAAGCUUUCUUUAGGUAACAAAGUAUAUAAAUAUAACUUUCCAGAUCAAUAAAAGAAGCCUACAAGGUGUCAUUCGUGGAUAACCUACGAAAAAUAGUGGCAGGCGUCGAGGAGAGUGUGGAGAAGAUCCUCAAGAAGCGGGCUCAAACCCAACAAGCAAAAGAUGUGUCAUUCCGAGCACUACAAGACCUGAGAAAGCAGAAACGAUUGUAUAUCAAGACUAUCGCUGAUUUCCAACAUGAAUGCCAGAAAAACGAGAAAUUGAGGGAAAAGCUGGGGGAAUAG